AGUCGAUUCUGUAUUGAAUUAAUUGAAAGAAUUGAAAAAAUCUUAAAACUCCAUAAAAAUGAUGAAAACAUUGAUCGCAAUGAUGUCUGUCGUGGUUGUGAUGUCCGCCCAACCCAUCACUCAAUCCAACGAUCAUUUGGAGACAAUCGCCAACCAAUUGAUGCAAUCGAUUGGUUUAGAGUUGAGUGGAAAUCACACUUUGAAUGCAUUUCUCGUGAGAACUGAUGCCUCGAAAAGACGUCAAAAUGAAGUGCAAAGUAAUGAAGAAGUGGUGGUAUUGGAGGGCAUCGGAAGUAUUGGCGCAACCAUUGUGUCCGUGAGAAGAGGCAAGAGUUCAGUCACUGUUACCAAUGCCUAUGGUUUGGGUGCCGGCGCUGUCCUCGACAUCACUGCCGAGAGGAAUGAAGUGGUGGUAUUGGAGGGCAUCGGAAGUAUUGGCGCAACCAUUGUGUCCGUGAGAAGAGGCAAGAGUUCAGUCACUGUUACCAAUGCCUAUGGUUUGGGUGCCGGCGCUGUCCUCGACAUCACCAAAGAGAGGAAUGGUAUCCAAAGACAAGUGGAUGAGAGCCAGAGAUUGAAACAAUUGACUCAACCUUUAUAUGACAAAUGUAUGGCUAAUAUGAGUGGAAAACCUCUUAAUGAAUAA